AUGACAGACUACAGCGAGCAGCAGCUAAACGAGCUGGAAGCUCUGGAGUCUAUCUACCCGGACUCCUUCACAGUGUUAUCAGAAAAUCCACCCAGCUUCACCAUCACUGUGACAUCGGAGGCUGGAGAAAAUGAUGAAACUGUCCAGACUACCCUCAAGUUUACAUACAGUGAAAAAUACCCAGAUGAAGCUCCUCUUUAUGAACUAUUUUCCCAGGAAAACCUAGAAGAUAAUGAUGCCAUAGACAUUUUUAAAUUAUUAGCAUUACAGGCUGAGGAAAAUCUUGGUGUGGUCAUGAUCUUUACUCUAGUGACAGCAGUGCAAGAAAAAGUAAAUGAAAUAGUAGAUCAGAUAAAAACGAGAAGAGAGGAAAAAAAGAAACUAAAAGAAAAAGAAGCCGAAGAAGCAGAGAAGCAAUUAUUCCAUGGCACCCCUGUUACAAUUGAGAAUUUCCUAUGUUGGAAAGCCAAAUUUGAUGCAGAACUCUUGGAAAUUAAAAAGAAACGGAUAAAAGAAGAAGAGCAAGCAGGAAAAAAUAAAUUAAGUGGCAAACAGCUGUUUGAAACCAAUCAUAAUCUUGAUACAUCUGAUAUCCAGUUCUUGGAGGAAGCUGGAAAUAAUGUGGAGGUAGAUGAGUCUUUGUUCCAGGAACUGGAUGACUUGGAGCUGGAGGUUGUUGAGGACGGCCCAGACUACAACCCUGUUGGCCCAGGGAGUGACUCAGAGGACUGA